AUGCCGCACUUUCCGGGACAGCCGCUCCCACCAUCAUCGAUGGUGGCUCCUACGGAUCUCGAUUGCUUUUCGACUCUGCUUAACGUUCCGGGAUGUGUUAUCAAUAUUUUCGACGCUAUGCUUAGUGGCGAAUUUGAUCGUGUUAAUAAAAAUUGUUGCGAUGCCUUUUCGGCAGUCGGUGUGAAUUGUUGGCCUGUAAUGUUCGAUGCUGAUCCUUCCUUCCCACCCUUGCUCAAGGAUUAUUGUACUCGCUUUGAUGCAGCUCCACCCGAAGCCUAA